GCUACUGGAGAGAGACUGACUGUCUCGUCUCCCGGGAAGGGUAUCUGCCGCUGGGGAGGGAGGUUGGCUACUUCCGCUACCCUGGGAAACUGCUCUGCCACUGGGGAGGGAGACCGACUGUCUCCUCUCCCAGGUAGGGGUUCUGUGGACGGGGAGGAAGGCCAACUACCUCUGCUCCCGGGGGACGGUUCUGCCUCUGGGGAGAGAAGCCAACUGCCUUCUCUCCUUGCACCUGGCUCUGCCGCUGGGGAGAGUAACCAACUGCCGUCUCUCCUGGUACCUGACUCUGCCGCUGGGGAGAGAGACCGACUGUCUCCUCUCCCAGGAAGGGGUUCUGUUGAUGGGGAGGGAGGAUGACUACCUCCGCUCCCUGGGAUGGAGGGGAAAUGACCUGUUUGUUUCCAAUGCUUUCAACCUUUUAGCAAUUACUGAAACCUGGCUAUCUUCCUCUGACACUGCUUCUGUUGCUGCUCUCACACAUGGUGGUUUCCACUUUAGCCACACUCCUAGGCCAGGUGAGAGACAUGGUGGCGGUGUUGGCAUCUUACUCCCCCUCCUGCUCCUAUCAGUACCUACUGUAUGUCCAUUACCAUCUCUCUCCUUUUCUUCCUUUGAAGUCCACUGCAUUUGCCUGUUCUCCCCCUUCUCUCUAAGAGUGGCACUUAUCUAUCACCCCCCGGGACCAACCUCCCAAUUCCUUGAAAACUUUGCUGCCUGGCUUCCUUACUUUUUCUCUACAAAUACACCUACUCUAAUUCUGGGGGACUUCAACAUCCGCAUUGACAACCCAUCUGCCCCUGCUGCCUCUAAACUUCUGUCACUCACUAACUCCUUUGGCCUCUCACAAUCCACCCUAUUAUCUACCCACCGUGAUGGACACUCUAUUGAUCUGGUAUUCUCCUAUGUCUGCUCUCUCUCUGAUGUUGCCUGUCACCCAUUUCCCAUCUCAGACCACCAUCUGCUCACCUUUAAUCUUAAUAUACAGGCUGCACCUACUUCUCCCCCUCGCCCUCGCACCUGUAGAAAUCUGCAGACUGUAGACCCUCCCCAACUCUCCAAACUUAUUCAAAUAUGCCUCCCCCACACUUCCACGAUAUCCUGUCCUGACCUUGCUAUAACCCAUUAUAACAAUACCUUCACCUCUGCACUUGACACUCUCGCUCCACUCCAACUUCGCAAAGCCCCACGUCGUUAGCUCCAGCCCUGGCACUCCCAGCAAACACGCCACCUGCAAAAAUGCUUCCGCACUGCUGAACGUGCAUGGAGGAAAUCUCGCUCUGAACCUGAUUUCAUGCACUAUAAGUUCAUUCUUUACUCUUACACCUCUGCCCUUCACCUAGCUACGCAAACCUACUUCUCUUCUCUUAUAUCCACUCAAUCCUCAAACCCUAAAAGACUCUUCUCCAUUUUCAAAUUUCUCCUCUACCCACCUGCACCACCCACCUCAUCUGCAUUCAGUGCUCAAGACCUGGCUGACUACUUUUUAAAUAAAACACUUACCAUUCGAAGAAACAUCCCAACACAAGCCUGCAAUCUCCCAACUUUGCUCCCAGUCACCCCCUCUGCCACUCUCUGCACCCUCCUCCCAACCACUGAGAGUGAAGUGGUUUCCUUAUUGUCUUCCUCACUACCUGCCCACUUGACCCUAUUCCUUCACAUCUAAUACCUUCUCUGUCUCCCACCCUCACUCCUGCUCUUACUCAUAUAUUCAACCUAUCCCUUUCUACCGGCUCAUUCCCUGCCUCCUUCAAACAUGCAAAGGUCACCCCCAUCCUCAAAAAACCUUCCCUUGACCCUAACUCUCCUGCAAACUACCGCCCCAUAUCAUUGCUCCCUCUAGAUUCAAAAAUCCUUGAAAAACUAGCUUUUGAUUGCCUAAACCACUUCCUGUCCUCCAACUCAUUGCUCAACCCCCUGCAAUCUGGCUUCCGUCCCCAACACUCAACUGAGACUGCCCUCACCAUGGUUACUAACGACCUCCUUUCUGCUAAAAACAAAGGCUACUACUCUAUACUCAUCUUACUUGACCUCUCUGCUGCCUUUGACACUGUUGACCAUCCCCUUUCUCCUAUGGACUCUCAGGUCUCUUCGGCUCUCUGUGACACUGCCCUCUCCUGGAUUCACUUUUUUUUUUUUUUAAAUCUUUAUUUAUUCAAAGAACAUAUAUCAAGUCCAAUCCACUGAGUAUAAAACUGACAUCAAAAGUUAACAAUGAAAAGGUAUAAACAACAAUAUCUUUUUAAGAGAUGCAAUGCCAUUAAAGAGAGAUAAAAAUGAUAAAGUGCAAUGAAUUGAACCUACACAUGUCUUCAUUUUCUAUUUCCUGUUAAUCUUCCCGACCUUCACCUUCACCCUGGAUUCACUUUUAUCUCUCUAACAGAUCCCUCUCCGUCUCUUUUGCUUUUGACUACUCCUCUCCAUUGCAUCUGUCUGUUGGAGUAACUCAAGGCUCUGUCUUGGGUCCUCUACUCUUCUCUAUUUAUACUUCACUGGGUAAACUCAUCAACAGCUAUGGCUUCAACUAUCACCUCUAUGCUUGCUGAUGAUACCCAGAUCUACCUUUCCACCCCUGCACUCUCUCCUUCUGCCAAUUCUCACAUCAGCGACUGCAUAUCUGGCAUUUUCUCCUGGAUAGCCUCUCACCACCUAAAAAUAAACAUGUCCAAGACCAAACUACUUCUAAUCCCCCCUCUAACUCUACUCCAGUUUCUAAUUUUUCCAUCACUGUUGGUGGAACCACUAUCACCCCAUCACCCCAAGUCCGCUGCCUCGGAGUCACACUUGACUCAAAUAUGUCCUUCAUUCCUCACAUUCAAUUGCUCUCUUCAUCCUGACGCAACCACCUACGCAAUAUCUCCAAAAUUCGUCAGUUUCUGAGUGUUGAAACUACUAAACAGCUAAUCCACUCCCUGGUAAUUUCCCGACAUGACUACUGUAAUAACCUACUAUCUGGCCUCCCUCUCUCCUGCCUCUCUCCCCUUCAAUUCAUCCUAAAUGCAUCUGCAAGGCUAAUCCACCUCUCUCGAUGCUCUGUUUCUGCUGCACCUCUCUGUGAGUCCCUUCACUGGCUCCCUAUUCACAGCAGAAUUAAAUUUAAAAUUCUCACCAUGAUCUACAAAGCCCUCACCAAUGCUGCCCCACUGUACCUGUCAUCACUCAUCAACAAAUAUACUCCAGCCCGCUCCCUAAGAUCUAACAAUGACCUGCUCCUUGCGUCCUCUACUAUCACCUCCUCUCAUGCUAGACUACAGGACUUCUUUCAUGUGGCACCAACCCUCUGGAACGCAUUCCUCGAUCCGUCAGACUUUCCCCUAACCUCUCCUCCUUUAAACGUUCCCUAAAGACCUUUAUGUUCAGGGAAGCUUAUCACCUGACUCAUUAACAAAUUAACUUCACUUACCCAACAGUUGCCCUCAUCUAUCUCCUCACUAAUAUCAUUCUCACCUUUGCAGUCCCCACCUCCUGUUUCCCAUCCUCCCACCCAUCUAGAUUGUAAGUUCCCAUGGCAAUAGGGCCCUCAAUUCUCCCUGUAUUUGUCUGUAAAAUGUUGUCUCUUAUUGUAUUGUUUCUCCAUUGUACUUUUAAUCCUUGUACCCAUGGGCAGCGCUGCAUAAUCUGUUGGUGCUUUAUAAAUGAAGAAUAAUAAUAAUAAUAAUGGCUCUGCCGCUGGGGAGAGAAACCGACUGCCGUCUCUCCCUGUACCUGGCUCUGCCACUGGGGAGAGAGACCAACUGUCUCCUUUCCCAGGAAGGGGUUCUGUCGAAGGGGAGGGAGGACGACUACCUCCGCUCCCGGGGGAUGGCUCUGCUGCUGGGGAGAGAAACCAACUGCCGUCUCUGCCUGCACCUGGCUCUGCUGCUGGGGAGAGAGACCGACUGUCACCUCUCCCAGGAAGGGGUUCAGUUGGUUGGGAGAGAGGUUGGUGACCUCAGCUCCCUGGUUUCCCGGAGCUGCUGCAGGUGCUGGACAGAGGCCAGCAGCUCUUUGCCCUGUUGCCAGCGCUUCUGCUGGGGUGGCUCCCUGGUCCAAGACCAUAAGCUCGGGGCCAGGCUGCUGAUCUGUAUCUAGCAGCUCUUUGUUGCUUAUUCCUUGUUGCCACUCCUCAGAGGCCAACCACCAGGAUUUCCAGACUGCUGCACCACAGCUCUGUGCAGAAUCCGUGGAAUGCUGCUGAAUGCGGUCUAGCAGCCUCUUGUAUGCCUUUUCCAGUUCCCAUUCCUGGCCACAUAGAUAAUUGCAGCCAGGGUACCCCCGAGAGAUCCAGCUGACUCUCUCAGUACUCGCAAAUUUCCGCCAGUCUUUGGUCCGCCUUGCUCCCAAAGUCUAGGUCCUUUAGCAUCUUUUCAUAUAGUAAUCCAGGGCCGCCAAGGCCAAAGCACUAUGGGAGUGCCAUCCCCCAGCCAUGGCCGCACUUGCAUAGAGUGCCACCGGAGGGCUCAGAAGCCAUCCUCCAGCACCCCCUCAUCCUGGAUCAAUCUAUUCAAUUCAGACAGCCAUUCCUCCCUGGGCUGCUCUCCCAGGAAAGGCACUCGUAAGUCCCACUGGAGGUCGUACUCUUCCUUCCAAUUGGGGAGGGUCGAUAUCCGACAGCCCAGCUCUUGUUUUUUAACCUCCCUCCAGAGAUGCCGGCGGAAAAAGUCCCUUUCUGGCAGCAGGUCUUAAUACGAACUAGGACUGUCCAGCUGGGCCAGUGCCUCCUGUACUCUCUUUAUGAGCUCAGCUUCCAUAGUUACCGGCUACUGUGGCACUUCUCCUCGGUCAGCAGGAACCGCGUGAAGGAAGCAAAUCCCACCGCUGCCAACCAAUGUGACGGAUACCCCGGCUAACCCGACUGGGUAGCUCUGCCGAAAGGGUCCUGCUUCCUCCCUGCUGACUGCAGCUGUGUAGCUGCCAAGUGAUUACAGCUAGUAGCCCACCCUGAUACCAGACAGCACCAGUAUUCCGGAUCCCACUCUGUGACAGACUCCGGCUACCCCGACUGGGUAGCUCUGCCAGAGGGUCCUUCCUAUCCCUCCUGUACCUGACAACAGGCAGCUAUGUAGCUAAGAAAGUGAUUAUAGCAAUCCCCACCCAAAUAACUAGACAAACUAGCAUUCAGGUGAAACAAGAACUCAUUUUAUUGUGAAACACACUCGCCUUAUAUACCCACACAAAGGAUCUUAUCUGACUCUCAAAUCUCCCCCAUUCCCAGCCCUCCAGAUCAGUUCUUCUCUGACAAGAUACAACACAGCAAAACAACACACAGCAGUGAGAUCUUGUAAGCCAUGAAAUGGCAAAAUCUGGUGUAAAAGGGAGUUAGCCAGGUAGUAGGGGGAAGCCUGGGUGGCCUGGUAUAUGUGACAGUAUAUAUAUAUGUAUGUGUGUGUGAACAGAACUUCAGAAAUGUUCAGUAUAGAUGUGGAUACAAUAGGUAACAUAAGUUAUUUCAAAUGAGAAAAUAAAGUAGAUAAAUGAAUAAACUCCAGUAGGUAAAAUUAAUAAUCGGGAAAACAUUAACGGGAGUAAAAUAUACGAGUACACUGUCCCUUUAAGCAGGAUGUUACCACUCCCCCCCAGUCAGUAGUUAUGAGAUAUUUUAAGUAUGGACAGCAAGAGAACUAAAAAUACCAUGCUAAUAUUAGCUAGGAUUAGCACAUGUAUUAGAUUGUUCAUUUAGAAUCUGCUGAAGGAAAGUUUAGCAAAUUCUUGGGUUUAGAGAUAUGAAAACCAGAAGAAAUGAAAAGAUUAAACAUCCAGGCUUUGCUACAAAAGAAUAAAAUAAAAAAAAGAAAGAAUAGCCUCUCUUGUUUGGUAGUGAUAAUCCACUACUGAUCCUGAUUUUCCUGGGAAGCUGUGUAACCUGCUCACCUGUAGGGCACGACCCCUCUUGUUCAGUAGAUGAUUUGUGAAAUACCAGCUCUGCCAGAGGUCAGACAAAGGGUACUUAACGUCUGGGUGGAGAAAUAUUUUACCUCCCCUCCCUCUUGUAAAGAGCAGCACUAAAUUACACAAAUUAUCUCUGCCAUUUUAACUGUUCAAUUUAUUUCUAUUAUCACAUUUGCUGUAUUCUCUUAGCAAUGCAGUAGUGGGAGCUAGCUGAACACACCUAGUAAGCCAAUAACAUGAGACAUAUAUAUGCAGCCACCAAUUAGCUCCCAGCUUCUGAGCCUACCUAGGUAUGCUUUUCAACAAAGGACAUCAAAAGAACAAGACACAGAGAUUACAGAAUUAAAUUGGAUCGGAAUCAUGAAAGUUUAAUUUUGACUUUAAGGUGAUAUUUAUCACAGUCUAAAGAAAGCUUGCACUAUAGGGUCAGUAAACACUAUGGGGCCCAAUGAUCAAGCUCCGAAGGAGCUUGAGGCCCAUGUUUCUGCGCACAAUUAUGAAGCAGCGGUCUAAAGACUACUGCUCCAUAACUUGUCCACCUGCUCUGAGGCUGCGGACAUCAAUUCGCCCGAUCGGGCUGAUUGACACCCCCUUCUAGCAGCCGAUUGGCCACGAAUCUGCAGGGGGUGGCAUUGCACAAGCAGUUCACCAGAACUGCUUGUGCAAUGAUAAAUGCCGACAGCGUAUGCUAUAUCAGAUCAUGUCCGCUCGCACCUUAAUAAAUAGGCCCCUACAUAUUUACAUUUUAUUUUAUUUUGCUGUCUUGCAAUAAACAUGCUAGUUAAGUGUGACAAAAGCUUGAAUGGAUUAACACCUCAUUUUCUGCAAUUCUUUUUCAAUUUCAAAACUUCACCCACAACUUGCUGUGUUUUGAAGGAGCCAAUCAGACCUUGCUACUGCAAUAGACGGUGUCAUUUUAUUUAAGUUACUAAUCUGAUAAUCACUAAAGAAGCCAAUUAAGGAUAGAUAUGACACAUGGGUGGGCUUGUGACACAUACAGUGUGUGCUUCUUCAGAGUUGAAAAAUACUUAGAUGGAAGAGUAAACACUUUGAGGCUGUAAUACACAAUGUUUUAUUAAAAGGACAUGAAACACACAAGUUUAAAUGACUGUCCAAUUUACAUCUAUUAUCAAAUUAGCUUCAUUCUCUUGGUAGCAGAAAUGCACUACUGGGUGCUAGCUGAACACAUCAGCUAGCUCCCAGUGACAAGAGGCAUAUAGGUGCAGCCACCAUCAGCUAGCUCCCAGUGACAAGAGGCAUAUAGGUGCAGCCACCAUCAGCUAGCUCCCAGUGACAAGAGGCAUAUAGGUGCAGCCACCAUCAGCUAGCUCCCAGUGACAAGAGGCAUAUAGGUGCAGCCACCAUCAGCUAGCGCCCAGUAGCGCAUUGCUGUUCCUAAACUACCUAGGUAUGCUUUUCAACAAAGGAUAUCAACAUAAUGAAGCAAAUUACGUAAUAGAAGUAAAAUGAAAAGUUGUUUAAAAUUGCAUGUUCUGUCUGAAUUAUGGAAGUUUAAUUUUGACUUUAUUAUACCUUUUAGGUAGUACUAUUAUGUUGUUCUUAAAUAAAAUAUAAACAUAUAUGAGCUAUAUUUCUAAAUGAUGCAACAAACAAAUACACCAUGAGAAAGAAUAAGGAGAGAGGAAAAAAGAUGGAAGAAAAGAGAAACCAAAGAGAGGAGAGAGAGGGGAAAGAUGAACCACAGAGGGAGAAAAUGGAAGGAGAGAGGGUAGAGAGGGGAGAUAGAAUAGAAAGAAAGAGGAUAAAGUAUCAGAAAUAAUAAGAAGGAAGAGAGGAGGAGGAAGAGGAUGAGUAGAGACAGAAGAGAGGAGAAGGAGAGAGAGAGGCAGAAGAGAGGAGAAGAAGAGAGGAGAAGAAGAGAGGAGAAGAAGAAGAGAGGAGAGAGAGAAGAGAGGAGAAGAAGAGAGGAGAGAGAGAGGCAGAAGAGAGGAGAAGAAGAGAGGAGAGAGAGAAGAGAGGAGAAGGAGAGAGAGAGGCAGAAGAGAGGAGAAGGAGAGAGAGAGGCAGAAGAGAGGAGAAGGAGAGAGAGAGGCAGAAGAGAGGAGAAGGAGAGAGAGAGGCAGAAGAGAGGAGAAGAAGAAGAGAGGAGAGAGAGAGGCAGAAGAGAGGAGAAGAAGAGAGGAGAGAGAGAAGAGAGGAGAAGGAGAGAGAGAGGCAGAAGAGAGGAGAAGAAGAGAGGAGAGAGAGAAGAGAGGAGAAGAAGAGAGGAGAGAGAGAGAAGAGAGGAGGAGAGAGAGAGGCAGAAGAGAGGAGAAGAAGAAGAGAGGAGAGAGAGGAGAAGAAGAGAGGAGAGAGAGAGAAGAGAGGAGGAGAGAGAGAGGAGACAGAAGAGAGGAGAAGGAGAGGAGAAGGAGAGGAGAAGGAGAGAGAGAGAGAGAGAGGCAGAAGAGAGGAGAAUGAGAAGAGAGGAGAGAGAGAGGCAAAAGAGAGGAGAGAGAGAGAAGCAGAAGAGAGGAGAAGCAGAAGAGAUGAGGAGUAGAGAUAGAAGAGAUAAGAAGGAGAGAGAGCUAGAAGAGAGGAGAAGCAGAAGAGAGGGGAGCAGAGACAGAAGAGAGGGGAAGCAGAAGAGAGGAGGAAGAUGAGUAGAGACAGAAGAGAGGGGAAGCAGAAGAGAGGAGGAUGAGUAGAGAAGGAUAGAGAUACAGAAGAGAGGAGGAGGAGAGACAGAAGAAAGAAGGAGAGAGAAGCAGAAGAGAGGAGGAGGAGGAGUAGAGUAAAGAAGGAUAGAGAGACAGAAGAGAGGAGGAGGGGGAGGCGAGACAAAAGAGAGGAGAGAGAGAGGCAGAAGGCAGGAUGAGGAGAGACAGAAGAGAGGAGGAGAGAAAGUUAAAGAAGAGAAGAGGAGAGAGAAUGAGCAGAGUAGAGAGAGAACAAAGAAAGAAGAUUGAUGGAAAAGAGAGAAACACACAGGGAGAGGGGCAAAGGAGAGAUGGUAGAGAGAAAAGAGAAGGAAAGGGAGAAAAAGAGAAGAUGAGAUAAGCAGAAAAGAGAGGAGGAGGAUAAGGCAAGAGAGACAGAAGAGAGGAGGAGGGAGUCAGAAAAGAGGAGGAGGAGAGGGAGAUACAAAAGGAGGAUGAGGAGAGCAGAAUAAAGAAAAAAGAGAGGGACUGAAAAAUUAGAAACAGGAAAGGACAGAGAACAGAAGGCAAUAAGAGACAAAAGGAGGAGUAGGAGAGGUAUGAAAGAGAAGGUAGAGAGAAGAGAAGGCAUACAGAGAGAAAAUGAGGAAAGCGAGGAGAUAAAAAAGAAAUGAGAAUAGGAGGAGAGAAAAGACAGAGAAAGAGAGCAGAGAAGAGAAGAAAGAAAAGAGACAGGAAAGAGAGGAUGAGAGGAGAGAAGAGAGAGGAUGAGAGGAGAAAAGAGAAAGGAUAUAAGGAGAGGAGAGAUAAUAAACAGAGGAGAGAAAGAGAAUGAAUAAAGAACAUAGAUUAAAGUAAAGAGAAACAGAGGAAAGUAAAGUGAGGAAAAAGGAGCUGGCAUAGAGAAGAGAGAAGGAAGGAGAGAAAAAAAGGAGAUAGAGGACAACAAAAUUGAGAAGACAAAUAGUAUGGGGAAAUAGACCGCAACAGGAUGAGCAGAGAAACAAGAGUGGAGGAGGAUGAGGAUUGCAAGAGUGUUACCAUAAAGCGCCAAAAUAAAACCACACAAGCUCUUUCUCAAAGGGGCGAGGUCUCCCAACCAGAUCUCAAAAGGAAAAAUCAAAGAGAAUAUGCUAUAAAAGAGCGCUACAAUAUCCCUGCUAAGGUAUAUGUGGCUUAAGGUGGUGUCCACGAUGUGUAUUAAAAUACUUCUUCGGAAUAUAAUACAGAAUAUUGAGAAGGACGUGUAUAAAAAAUGUGUAUAAAAAUGUUAUUUAAUGAGCAAUCUUCUAAAAUACAAUAAAUGAACAACUUUUUAAAAUACAAUUACAAUGAAUGGAUAAUCUUCUAAAAUAUGGAUGUACAAUCUUAUGAUUUACAAUGCAUAGAAUAAAAAUGUGUUAUAAUAUAUAGAAUAUAAAAAUGUGUUAUAAUAUAUAGAAUAUAAAAAUGUGUUAUAAUAUCUAAUGUCCUAAGAAUUCAAUUGAUAGGCAAUACAAUGAUAAAAUGGUAUAUAAAUUAAUACAUGGCAUAUAGUUAAUACAUGGCAAUUAUCUUAAUUAAAAGAUAAGAUAAAGCACAGUCCGUGUGGUUCCAAUAGUGAUGGUGAUGAUGAUGUCGUGUGUUAUAAAUGGAAAUCCAAAAUGUCCAAACAAUAAGUGAAAAUCCAAAGUGUCCAAAAAUAUUCCAAAAGAAAUUUCAAAAUAAAUGUGUCCAAAGGAUGUGUGUAUACAAAAAAUGAUCCAAUAAAAUUAAUAUAUAUGAUUCACAAAAAUAUAUGUAUGUGUAUAAAAAAAAAAAAAAAAAAAAAAAAAAGGUCCGUGAGUUGGGUAAAAAAUGUGUAUAUGUGGAAAAAAUUCAAAUUAAAAAAUACAAAAAAAGUAAAAAUAAAAAUAAAAAUGCAGUGAAAAAAGGUGUACACCUUAAAAGAAUAAUAUAUACACAGUGUGGUCCUAAUAAGAUUGGGUGGAGGAAUAGAAUGAGGGUGUGCCCUCAAAGUAUAUAUCUAUUUUCCUUCUUUAGUGCAUAAAAGUUAGAUCCUUAAUAUCCAAAUAAGUUUUGCUUGUAAUCUUCUUUCAGAAGUGAUUAUAAUAAUCCUAAAUCUGACAUCGGAUUCCUAUAUGAAAAAUAAAAAGAACAUAGUGCAAUAUUGCCUCUAUAUUUGGAACAAAAUAAGUAUCCUGCUUACCGUGUGUGCCUGAGCCGCAAUACCAGUACAAUCUACGCAUUUCGGUCUGUGAGGACCUUUCUCAAGACCGGUAUCGGCUGUAUUAUGUUGCUACUUUAAGUAGAUUAAAUUGUCCAAUUGGACGUUUGCAAAAAUUGCACCAAAAUUUUUUGUGCCUAAAAUUCGCGCCAGUUUUGUUAACCUUUAGCUUGGAGGAGGAUGAGGACGAGAUACAGAAGAAAGGAGGGGAGGCAGGAGAGAGAGACCCCGAUGAUCGAAAGUGCUGUGAGUCUGUGAGAUAUUCUAAGGGAUCCGCAGCUAUGUCAAACGAUCUUGUCGGAAUAUUCCAAGCUCCUGACAUAGUGGCAUCGCCGAGAGGCGUUUACUAUACAUGCCAUUGGUCGGCGAUGCUGGCUUAAGUAACACCCAUCAUUGCCGACCAUAGUGGCAAUGUAUAAUAAAGGGAUUGCUUGAAUAGAAUUGCAAUCUGCCUAACCGAUAAUCCUAAUACCUCUAAACUGAAGUACCCCACGAUCGUAAACUAGCACUAAAUGAAUAAACAUCUAAACCGCCACAUACCCACCACAAGUCGCUAUUAACCUCUAAAGCGCCACAUACCCACCACAUCUUUUAACCGCUAUGCCGUCACAUUCUCACAGCAAGUCCUAGCUAUUAACCCCUAUGCCGCCACAUACUUACCCCAUGUCCUAGCUAUUAACCCCUUAUGUUUCCACAUACCCAUUGCAUCUAUCUAUUAACCCCUAUUCCGCCACAUAACCACCGCAAGUCCUAACUAUUAACCCAUAUGCCGCCACAUACCCACUACAAUUCCUAACUAUUAAUCCGCUAUGUCGCCACAUACCCAGUGCAUCUAUCUAUUAACCCCUAUGCUGCCCCAUACCCAUCGCAAGUCCUAACUAUUAACCCCUAUGCCGCCACAUACACACUGCAUCUAACUAUUAACCCCUAACUAUUAAUAUUUUGAAAAAACUGUAAGUAAAAAAAUGACAUAAAAAAAAUCUAACCCUACUCUACCUAUCUCCUAGCCCUACUCUACCUAACCCUCCCUCUAAACUAAACCCCCUAAGUUAAAAAUAUUUUAAAAAAAUAACUAACUAAAUUACAAAAAAACUUAAUUGAAAAAACCCACACAAAAUCUAACCCUAAUCUACCUAACCCCCUUCUAAACUAAACCCCCUCUAAACUAACCCUCCUACUAAGUUACCAAAAAAAAAAAAAGCUAAGUUACACAAAAUAAAAAAGCUGUUAUAAAAAAUAAUAAACUACAUUAUCCAAAAUAAAAAAUAAUGAUACCAAACACUAAACUACACACAAAACCCAACAAAGGCUAUUCUUAUAAAUAAAAAACCCACCCCAAAAAAAGCCCUAACACCCCCAAAGUGUUACUUACAUCUGAUGGGAACUCUGAUGGGGACUCUGGCUCUGAUGGGGAUCCGACGUUAGGCCCAUCUUCAUCCAGGCUGCAGGCGCUGGGGCCCAUCUUCGUGGCAGCGGACUUCGGUGGCCUCUUCCACCGCAUCCGCUCUGCAUCUUAUUUUCUUUGGCUCUUUUUGGGGAGGCCUCCUCUUUAUGCGAGCACCGCACACUGAAACACUGGAAGCGUGGAACCCCAAUAUAUAGAGGUACCACUUACUUCUGAUUGGCUAAUUUCAAAUCAGUCAAUCAAAUUGGUCCGACAACAAAGCCUUCAUUUCUGCUUUUUCAAAUAAAGAUACCAAGAGAAUGAAGAAAAAUUGAUAAUAGGAGUAAAUUAGAAAGUUGCUUAAAAUUGCAUGCUCUAUCUGAAUCAUGAAAAAAAAAAAUUGGGUCUAGUAUCCCUUUAAAUCUUUACAAAUUCAAAUUCAAUUAUUAGUAAAUACCUCUACUGAUAAACAUUCUGCAAUAAAUAAUACACUCACGGUACUGGAGUUACACUCCUCCGCUGUGAAUCCCAUACUCUCACUUUGGGAUGAUAUCCAUCAGGCUUGUAUGUUCCUAGGACCCCUCUCAAACCAGUGUUUAGGAGAGGUAUACAAACGUCUAUGUGUUUCAGAGUCAGCUGAGGAAACCUCUCUUCCUGCUUCUGACAUCACCCGUCAAGACACAAUAAAGUUGGAGAGCCUACUGCAAUUUGCAACUUGUGAAAUCAAAAGAAAGUCCAGACCGGCUCCAUUAUUUACUUAAAACCCACUCCUUUAUUAAAACCCAUUAAAAUAUGAUAUCAGAAUGAGUACUAGAAACAGAAAGAGUCUGACCAGUGCUAAGCGCUUAGCCUUGGAUAGCUUGAGUUAGAGAACAUACAUUGUUAUCAGAAAAUCUGACAAGGGGGGAAGUACAGUGGUAAUUUUGAGGGAGGACUAUGUGACAGAAGGCAUGAGAAAGCUUGAAGAUAGCAAUAAAUAUCAGAGGUUGAGAACAAAUCCAACAAAAACAUUUCAGGAGAAGAGCUUAUUAGAUAAAUGUUUGGAGAAAGGUUUUAUAGGUCAGGUAGACGUUUUUGUUACGGUUGUGCAUUUUCUCUCGGAGCAUAAUUUCUUUGAAUUUGAGGGAGUUUAUUACCUCCAGAGAUGCAAGAUGGCUACGGGGGCAAAGUUUGCCCCCUUUAUACGCCAACCUUUUUUUAGGUUGGUGGGAGCUGUCCCACAUCUUUGGAUAUAAGAACCCCCUACGCACGCGCAUAGCUUUCUACAAACUAUUUAUUGAUGACUUACUGUUUAUAUGGACAGGUAAUAAAGAGGAAGCAGAAAACUAUUUUGGAGGCCUGAACAACAACGUAAGCUUUAUGAUGGAAUUUCACACUUAUAGCCAACCCCACAAAUGGAGACAUUGAGUCCAGGACACAUUGGAAACCCAUCACUAGAAAUGCACUGCUAUAUGCAGCAAGUAACCAUCCCAAACAUGUGCCAUUUGCUAUAGCAAAAUGCCAGUUUUUGUGGAUGAAGUGAAACUGCUCCACAGGUAAAGAUUAUGAUCAGAAAUGUGAACGCUUAAGUCAAGAAUUCCUGGAGAGAGGAUAUACUCACUCCACAAUUAAUUUAGCAAGAAGAUAAUCUGAUCAGAUACAGAGAUCUCAUCUUUUAGAUUAAGGUAUUAGGAACAACAGAAUCUAUAGUAACUUUUGUUACUAAAUACAGUAAUCAGUAUCCACAAAUAUGUCACAUCAUCUGGAGGCAUCUCUCAAAAUUAUUGGCAGAUGAAAAAUUAAAAGAGGUUGUGGAUUAAGGUUGCAGCGUUUCGAAUAAGCAAAAAAAAAACCCAAUAGGGAACAUGGUAGCACCCGCGUAAUUGCCAGUUGAGACAAGACCCAGCUCAUGGUUAAUUCAUAAGGGUACAUACAGAUGCAGUAGCACUAUAUAUAAAGCAUUUGAAUACAUCAAAAUGAGCUCCCAUUUUGUAUCCUAAACAACAGGAAGUGUGACGAACCAAGGUUAUCCAACCCUGGGCCAGUCACUUAUUUGGCACAGAAAGGGUUUUCAGCCCCCCUCUCUGCCACCAAUAGGUCACAAUCUAGCCACACCAGGCAAGCUUGUGAUUCAGUUUAGUGGGUGCAAGAGUUAACCGCACUCCCUUAAUCUGUACUAGACGUAAGAGAAAUUCCCAAAACUCCCUUUUAAUGCCACCCACAAUAAACUAUACAUCCUAUAGCUCUAAUACUGCCACAACUUAAAAUUUAUUAAAGGGAAAAUCCUAAGGAAAAACCCAGACUUUACACAUUAACUCUAGAAAUACAAUUUAGCAGAAAAUAACCUAAAUUAUACAGUUCUAAUAUUCCAGUCUCUUUCAGUAACGUGGCUCAAUUAUUAGACAAAGGCCAAACUUAAUAAAGGAAUUAUUUAUUAUGCCAAAAAUAAUAUGCACAAUGCAUUAUUAAUAAAAAGUUGUUACAAAUAAAAUUACACACGCAAACAGUGUUUUAAAAUAAAAAGGAGAAAAACAGAAUUGAAUACUUUCCUAGUCUUCAAGAUCUGCGCCAGGGGCUGGCAUGAAAAUGAUGGCUCCUUACUUCUGUACAGCAGCUCCCCUUGUAAGAAUGACAAUCUUAUUGUUAAAAAAUAAGAUUCUUAAACCUACUUUUCAGAGAUCAGGUUGCUUAACCACACCCUCCUGGGCGGGCUGAGAAACCCCGUCUUUAUGACCUUCAAUAGACUAAUUUCUUGCCUGAAAUUAUACAAUCCAGUAUAAUUUCUGCUAGGUAAGAAAUUUCUAUAUUUACAUAUCUAGAACCUUUUAGUUUUAUUGGGAGAAUCGGUUUGAUAUCAAAUAUGCCAUAGGUUGUCAUAUUUACCUUCCUUUAGGUUAUAACAGUUUUAACCCACAUAUGUACAUAAUAUACCAAUGUCCUGUCAGUGACCUGGUCAGUUUUUGUAAUGAAGGGCCUGUUUUGCAUCAGGAAUUGACAGCUUAAGCCAUAAACUUUAUCCUGUGUAUCUCUGUGACUAAGAUUUAUUACAUCUUUGAAUAGAAACAUAUGUGCAAUAUACAUGUAUUAGCAAAAAUGCAUAUAGUAAAAGAUAUCACUGCUUUUAGUGUUAACAUUAUUCUCUGCACGUGCAUGUGAAGCAUAGCUAAAUAUUCUCAGUGUACCAGCAUUGUAAAUACUGCAGCUGCUCAGAGCACAAGUGGGGCCUGUAUUUUGUCAGCAAUGAACAAAUUGAGUCAUUACCAGAUAGUAGUACAUGCACCUUAGGCUCUAUGAGCAAGUGCUGUGUUUAAAAUGCUGGUGCACGGAGCAUACUUAAAUACACUUUUGAAACAGCUAUAGCUUUUAUUAGAAGCAUUUUUGCUAAUGAAAUGCAUCCAUGUGGAUUCUAAUUUUGGCUGUAAUAUCCCUUUAAGUUCAACUCUACAUUAGGGGAUGAGGUGGAUAUGGUUGAACAAUUAUGUUUAGAGAUAGUAUGACAUUUUAGUUAUGGGUUAUGUAUUUCAUUUUCCUUUUUUUUUUUCCUUUUAAUAUUUUUUUGUGAAUUUACACGUUUACUGUGGAUGGACAUAAAAUCAAGGGCAAUGGAUAUUUUUUUUAUACAACUCAGAAAUAAAUCAUUAUAAUUGGUAUUUGUAUGUUCAUGUUACUUGUUCCGUAUGUAUUCACAACUUUUGUUCUUGGACUUUGACAUUGUUGUAUCUUUUCAUAAAAAAAAAGAAAAGCUAAAAAACUGGUCCCCUCUUUUGUUAUGCCAGCUGCAGAGUUUAAAAUGUAUGAGAAAUUGGUCUUUUAGGAAUAUUUUUAUAUAUGAAAUAUCAAAUCAAAUAGGCUGAGCUUGCAGGGACAGCAGACCUCAUUAGCUUACCUCUAUAUAUUUCCUCCUUGUUUUAUUUCUCAAUGUAAACACAAAUACUUGUUUACAUGCUUUUCUAUAACCAGUACUUAAGUAAUGUAUUGUAAUUUUCUGUAUAGGUACGGGGCAUAAUGGGCAAAAGCAGCUGUUUCAAAUGACAAAAUAAAGGUAAGAUAACGAUUUGUAAACAAUUCAGUAUACUCAACAGGUAAAAUAAAUAAUUUGGAACUAAUUAAUAGGGGGAGUUAGGUGCAUUUUGGACACUGUACUUACUAUUAGAUUAGUCUGAAUGAUAUGCAUUUGUAGGUCCCAACUAUAGAAAAAGGGGGUAUGGGAGAAUUCUAUAAAGCAAGGUACAGCCUUGAGCCUUAACCAAACAGGGAACUGUGGAGCAGGGUCAAACAGGGAGCUGUGGAGCAGAGUCAAACAGGGAGCUGUGGAGCAGUGUCAAACAGGGAGCUGUGGAGCAGAGUGAAACAGGGAGCUGUGGAGCAAAGUCAAACAAGGAGCUGUGGAGCAGAGUCAAACAGGGAGCUGUUGGGGAGAGUCAAAAAGGGAGCUGUGGAGCAGAGACAAACAGGGAGCUGUGGGGGAGAGUCAAACAGGGAGCUGUGGAGCAGAGACAAACAGGGAGCUGUGGAGCAGAGUCAAACCGGAAGCUAUUGAGCAGAGUCAAACAGGGAGCUGUGGAGCAGAGUCAAACAGGGAGCUGUGGAGCAGAGACAAACAGGGAGCUGUGGAGCAGAGUAAAAGCAGGGAGCUGUGGAGCAGAGUCAAACAGGGAGCUGUGGAGCAGAGUCAAACAGGGAGCUGUGGAGCAGAGUCAAACAGGGAGCUGUGGAGCAGAGUCAAACAGGGAGCUGUGGAGUAGAGUCAAACAGGGAGCUGUGUAGCAGAGUCAAACAGGGAGCUGUGGAGCAGAGUCAAACAGGGAGCAGUGGAGCAGAGUAAGACAGGAAGCAGUGGAGCAGAGUCAGACAGGGAGCUGUGGAGCAGGGUCAAACAGGGAGCUGUGGAGCAGAGUCAAACAGGGAGCUAUGGAGCAGAGUCAAACAGGGAGCUAUGGAGCAGAGUCAAACAGGAAGCUAUGGAGCAGAGUGAAACAGGGAGCUGUGGAGCAGAGUGAAACAGGGAGCUGUGGAGCAGAGUGAAACAGGGAGCUGUGGAGCAGAGUGAAACAGGGAGCUGUAGAGCAGAGUCAAACAGGGAGCUGUGGAGCAGAGUCAAACAGGGAGCUGUGGAGCAGAGUCAAACAGGGAGCUGUGGAGCAGAGUCAAACAGGGAGCUGUGGAGCAGAGUCAGACAGGGAGCUGUGGAGCAGAGUGAAACAGGGAGCUGUGGAGCAGAGUGAAACAGGGAGCUGUGGAGCAGAGUGAAACAGGGAGCUGUGGAGCAGAGUCAGACAGGGAGCUGUGGAGCAGAGUCAGACAGGGAGCUGUGGAGCAGAGUCAGAAAGGGAGCUGUGGGGCAGGGUCAAACAGGGAGCUGUGGAGCAGGGUCAAACAGGGAGCUGUGGAGCAGGGUCAAACAGGGAGCUGUGGAGCAGAGUCAGACAGGGAGCUGUGGAGCAGAGACAGACAGGGAGCUGUGGAGCAGAGUCAAACAGGGAGCUGUGGAGCAGGGUCAAACAGGGAGCUGUGGAGCAGAGUCAGAAAGGGAGCUGUGGAGCAGAGUCAGACAGGGAGCUGUGGAGCAGGGUCAAACAGGGAGCUGUGGAGCAGAGUCAA